AUUACGAGAGAGGUGUGGUCCUCUCCGUGUAACUAGGUUGUAAUGGUUGUAAAAAAAAAAAUAAUGUUUAUUCUUUUAGCUGCUUUGAAUACUGCCCAUUGGCUUAAUGUUGCGUCCGUAAUAUAAUUAGGUUAACGUACUCCACCGCCUGCCGCCAGUUUGCGAACUGGAUAAAGCUGGGAUCACUCUUCUUGCGGUCUUAGCAUACAAAAAAUGUCGACCUGGGUCGAGCACAUGAAUGAACUCGUCACGAAAGCAUGUUUUCACGAUGGCCGCGGAUGUUCGUCUUGAUGCGACUGCUGGCCUGGGGGCUACUAGGGGCUUCGUGCUCUACAAUCCAAUCGUCCGCGGUAGUACACUCCGUAGUAGAAAACUGGGACCACUGGUUGUGGUUCGCUAGGGAAGACGUUGCCGAACUAGGACUCUAUUCGAAAUUACUGACCUUUUAUCCUGCGCAUUUUCAGCGGAUCAACCGCACCGCAUUGUCGGGUAGUGGAAGAGACGAACUCCGAGCUCGCCUGCGAGGCUUUCGCAAUGCUACAGAUGCAAGAAUCGAACGUCGGAAAGUCCUACUUGAGAAAGGCAAGAAGUUGUGGUCAUCCUCCUCGACAUCAAAUAGAAAUAGCUUUUCUUCUUCCUCUUCUACUAGCUUCUUGACGUCGACUCAGCACUUGCAAGAUAGGAUCCGGCAAUUUCCAGUGUUGGGAUAUGGAAUUUUCGAUGCUUCUAGGACACGGCACGGUCAGCCCUUCUUCAGUAGAGAUUGGGAUAUGUCAACGUUGAGGGAGCAGCAUGACCCGACGUGGCGAUCUGUAUUGCGGAUGUGCGACUUUAUCAGCUCCUCUUUGUCGGGCGAUCAUGAUUCUACGACUACUACAACUAGUACAACUAGUACAAGGAAAGGAAGUCCUGGAAUCUUGACAAUCUUGACACCCGAAUUGAUCAUGCGGAUCAUCCGUGAACCACAUGCGAAAGGCGAUGCGGAGAGUACGGAGAAUCGACCCGACUGGCAAAGUGUAGCAGAGAAGCGCAGUGAAAAGAUGCGAUCGCUAAAUUACAACUCGCUGUUCCAGAAACUUUUAGGUGCGGAGUUGCGGGACCACGAACAAGAAGAAUUAGGAGGUGUAGUCGACGUGUUCCAAGUCAACAUCACUUCUCUGAUGAAGAUGAAAAGUAGAAGUCCUGACCAUCUACGGCGGCAGCCUCAUUUCGUGCCACUUUUGAUCCACAUAGGCUGGGCUGCAGUGGGUGACGCACUUGCAAGCGCCCGAAAAGGAACAGAUGACGAGAAAAGACGACUCCUCGCCUUCGCUGAAGUGCUAGCAUCUUGGACACGCCAAGCUCGCGAUGUGCUCGCCAGGGACUGCUUGUGGAACUUCUUUUUGGAUCGCUCACAACUGGCACACUUUUUACUUUUAGCUGGUGCGGACGUCGUGGACGAGGGGUCCUCUUCUGCGAAGACAUCAAGGCAAGGGGACGCCGCUUUAUGGAGGAUGCUCCAAAAUCUGACAUUCUACAUCUACCCAGACGACAUUGCUUUUAGAGGGUGGGAUUACCUAUCAGCGUCCACCCGCGGCUUUUGGACUGCUGGGGUGUACCUGACACGCUUUUUUGCGAACGCCCUACCUGAUCGAGCACCGACAUCUUCUCAUAAGAUGUUGGGAGUCGAAACUACGAAGAAUCCGGAGGAUGCAGAUUACUUUGUAAUCCCCGAUUACGCCUUAGAGACGGAACAGACUGUGAAAAAACGCAUCACUCUGAGUUUGCCUUCGCGCUUAGCGGCUGCGCAACGACAGACCACUGCUACAGGGUAUGACCUUUUGCGAGAUUUGUUCACGGAUAAUGGCUACUCGACAGCUGACUUCGUGGAGCACUAUUGGGUACCCUUGCUAGCAGGGUCAGGACACGGAGAGGACGGUGAAAGCGUUAAUACAUCAACAGCACCAGCAAAGGUAGCAAGAUACGACCAGCAUCUUCUUGUGCCGUUUAACUCUCUCGAAAAUACAACUGAAGCGGGAAAGAACAGCAAGCUUGUGCCACACCCUCAGUCGGACUCCCUGUACUCGUUGUUGUACCAAGCGUUACACACUGCGGCUGACUUUCUCGUCAACGUGGCGUCUAGAUUAAGGCUCAACUUUCAUUGGUCACUAUUGAGAUUGGGGAGGUCACCAUUUAGAUUAUUCGAUUUCGAACAGGGGACCCCUUGAGAGAAUAGGGGAAAAAAAAGGGAAAACUACAAGGAGAGAGAAUAAUUCUACUACGAGGCCCGAUUCUGAGUCCUCUCGUUCCACCUUCAGAAAAGGAAUCAGUGACCACUGACUGCUGACCUCUUCCAACUAGAGUAACUGCCUUGCAAGUAGAGCGAAACGUGACGCAGACGAAAUGGUGGCGUAGACGCGGUGGCAGGGAUCAUAUCUACGUCUUUUCGAGCUCAGGAUGGGCAGAUUUUCACACUUCUAAUCUCCACAGAGGUACAACGGAGGACGGUAAAAAUCCGGAUAUUAGGAUAGACGGCCGCAGAGGAAGAGGUAGUAGUACUGCUACUGGUACUGGUACAUCAGAAGAGGAUACUAAACUCCACAGAGGCAAAGGUACUGGUACAGAAGAAGAUACGAAAAAACCUAAAGAUCCAAACCGCAUAGUUGACAAUGCCGUGGUAUUAACAGUGGAAGGGAGACCCAUUGAAGCUUCAGCGGAAUGGGAGAGAUGUGCGGAAUCCUUAGCUAGGAAAUACGCGGACGGAACAGGAGGAGUCAGCGCGGAAACCGGUACAACUACUUCAGCAUCAAAUUUGAGCACUUCAUCAGCGGUUGAUGAACGAAAGAGAAGCGACCGGCCUAUCAGCACAACAACUGCACCUCUCACCCUCUUCGACUCCGAAUCAGCUUUCAAUGCUUCUUUUCUCUAUUUGCAUCACUGCGCUUUGGGAGACUGCUUCGAUCCCGCAAAUGUGCGGCAUAUGACAGUCCCCUCUGUAGUCGACCAAGGAAAAGCGACUAAGCUGAUUCGUCACCAACAACAGCGCGAUGCGUGGGAGAAUCGCACCCAUCUUCUUUGUUUCCACGGUCGUGCUAGUCGGUUUGGAAGCUUCAUACCUGGAGACUUUACAAACAACGCGUACACGGCUGUGAACGAGACAGUGAGGCUCAAUUUGCAUUACGACUUGAUGGCGUGGGCGAAUGAAAAUAAAGCCACGAGGACGAGGACUGCCAAUGAGAGUGCGGCUGUGCUGGUCACCAGCACAAUUACAACACCUACUUCUUCGCCUACGAGCAUCAAAAACUCCUUGUUAACUGCAAAGAAAACCAAAGGUGUUGGCAACAUCAAUGGGAUUCACGUUGGUGAUUCGUUCGAUGGCCAUGUGUAUUCAAAAGUGAUCACGGAUUGCAAGUACUGUCUUGCACCUAAGGGUCUCACGAGUUACACGAGCCGCUUAUACGAAAGUUUUUUCGCGGGUUGCAUUCCCGUCUUGCUGUCUGACGAUUUGGAGGCGCCUUUCGAUUACGACUCAACAGCGACAUCGCCUAUUAUGACACCGCCACAACAGGAGACCAGCCACAGGGGUAUCGACUGGCGAAAAGCAGCCCUCUGGUUGCCGCAAGACACGCCACCACGCAAACUGUUAGCGUUUUUGACGCAACAUCGCCUACUUGGGGACCGUGUGGAUGCCGAGAAGGAGACUGCGCAGCAGACUUUGCGAGAGGCGUUGGACAUGGAGGACGAUAUAGUACGCCUCGAGGAUGCGGUGAGAGAUCAUAACACUUCUGUUAACGAAGAUAUCCCACGACGAGGUUCAUCCUUUGACGAAAACUUUCCACGGGCAAGGACCGGAAUCAAGGCAGAAGAUGGGAAACCAAGUACCAAAAGCUCGAGCUCAACAUCCGCUUCUCGCAACGCCCUCAAGUGGUCUACCCAACAGCCUCGCUUCUACUCGUUUCGAAAGAUGCUAAUGUAUGGGGCUGCUGCAGCCUGCUGGAUGGAUUACGUGGGUGCUCUAGGAGUCCCUGCUCACGACUGCUCACCCUAUAAAGCAGUGGUGAGUCGCUUGCGCGCGAUACGGAUAGCAGAGAGUAAUACAACGUGGGCAGACGCAGAUCCACAAAUUUGAUUCAAGAUGUAUGUACUCUAAUAUUUCUCAUGCUAGUAAGUUAUGGUAUCUGUAUCUCCACCUUCUUCUAAUGACUCAGCGAUUACUUUGUUCACUCAACUGAUUAUCCAUCUGAAACAACGACAACGGAAAACUAAACCUAGUAGGAGACCCCUCAAAGCAGGGAGUCAUUACUUGUAGUUCUUUUACUUUUUUUUCAGAUUCAGUCAGCUUAAAUUUUUGAGCUGUAAAAAAAAAU